AUGGCCGAUACUGCCCCGCAACCAUCGAGCCUGGGUGCGCGCUUGAAGGGCGCGCUGAAGCCGAAGAAAUCGCGCAACCGCCUGGUCAAGAAGCCGCCCUCCGAGUCGGUCAGCGCUGAAAUCGUCAGGAGGAACAACGAGACCAUCUCCAGAAGCACAAGCACCUUGCUUGGUCAAGACGCACUCAAGCCGCAGUCACAGAAGCCGCAGUCGCAGGCGCCGCACUCUACGGCCCCGGACACCGCGCUGAUAGACAGGCACACCGGAGAACGUCGCGACAUUACCGCGUUGAUCCACGGCCUGCAGGACUCUUUCGAGCCGGGCCAGGACGACAUACCCGAAGAGUUCGACGAGAACCGCCCACCCGGCGAGCCUCUGAUCGCCAGCCUGCCGCCCAGAUUGUGGCACAAAAUUGCAGAUGAGUACCUGUCGCCCGCCGACGCUGCAAGCUUGGCAUUUACGAACAAGACCUUGGCCAAUAUUCUGGGCCCUGCUCCAUGGGAAGCGCUGAGGUUGCCAGAAAACCACCUGAACAGAAUUCAAUUCCUGGCCCCUAUGGACCGCCAUCUUCCCGCCCACCUUUUAUGCUUUCCGUGCGCAACCUACCACGUCCGGAUACACCGUGGCGAAGAAGAACCCAAGCCUCCACACGUGCUGAACCCAUUGUUCAUUUGCCCUCAUGCUCAAAAUCCACUUGUGCCGCCUCCUCGCACGCGGCUCACGCCUAACCGCAACCUUCCGUUCACCUUCGUCCAGCUCACGACGAGGGCGGCGCGAUACGGCCUCGAAUACGGCAUUCCGGUGGAGAACAUGUUUCGGCGCUGGAAAGACACCGCCAGUGGCUGGUCCCAUCAUACGCGCUACUAUGUCGUUAAAAACCACCUCUUUCUUCGCGUCAUCAGCUCCGCUUUUGCACCAGCUGGGCUGCCCCUGAGUGGACAGCGACACCUACUCUACUCGCGAGAGGACUAUUCGCCUUACUUCUCGGUAUGUGCGCAUUGGCGGGACGGCGAGCUGAUGAACUUGUGCAAGUGCGCGCUCAGCCACAUCCCGAAGCCGCGUCAGGGGAACGGGCCAGAGCAGCAGCUCGCACGACGCAUCGACUCACGCAUUAAGCACGUUCCGACUGCCACCCAAGUCGUCAGCCAGUGCACCGAGUGCAAGUCCAUCCGCCGCUGCACCCAGUGCCCAACCGAGUAUCUGAUCGAGCUCAAGCUGGCCGAGGAUAAGAGCGACCCAUUGCAGAAGUUCAAGCAGUCCAUCUCCGUGACUCGGUGGAGCGAUCUGGGCAAUGGAACCACACCGGCCUCACCCGAGUGGGCGGCAGUGAACGGAGAGGCGGAGUUCGAUUCAUUCAAGGCUAUUGGGAAGCGUGCGGUUUCGGCCAUCUUUGAGUCACAGGAUAGCGAUUUCAUACCUUAUCAAGCAGUCAAGUCGCUUAAUCCGAAAGGCAUCAAAGCAGGCGAAGAGGGGCAUAGCUGGUAUUAG